GAUCAUCCCCUCCGACGUCUAUGCGGACCUUGAAGAGGUUGCGGCGCAUGUUGAAGGUGACGUCCUUGACAGUCACCGGGACGCCCUGAGGACAACUUUCCUCAUAACUCACCACUUGAGGAAGGCUGUCAACAACGAGGCGCAGGCCCAAGGGCGACUAAUGGCCGACCUUUCAGUGUUCCUUGCCGUCCUUGCCGGCUAUUUUGGAGGUCUUACCGAAGCUGCAGUAGCUGUAUGGUGCAACGGCCUCGUGAAGUACGGACGGAGCGGGACGGCUUUCGCGGACGUCGGCAUCGCUCGGUCGAGUCGCAUCAUGACAGAAGGUCAAGAAGCGACCCCCGGCGAGGAGCAGUACCUGGGUGCGGUGGCCGAAGUCAAGCGGUACUCACGACUGCCUGACGAGGCCUUCGUCGCACUCCGGAACGCGUGGCACAGUCGCGUCUCGUUCUACGUCGCGCGUUAGGCCAGUCGCAUUUGGACAACGGCGACCCGGCGCUGCGGUCGGCGAUCUACUUCCUUGUUGAGGCCGCCGCUUACGCGUGGGCCGCUGGCACGAAGUACGGUAUCGUCACCAAUACGCUGGCGUGGGUGCCGGUGGUCAUCU